AUGCGAAAACAUUGCCUCAUCGUGCUGCUGGCUGCCCUCAUCGGCCAGCUGGCCAUUGCGUCUGCAAGAUCGUCGGACGAUCAUUGGGUGUGGCGCACCUACAGCAGAAGGGAGCGCGCCUUCCACGACAAGGACAUCGAUCGCAGUGGCUCUCUACGAAAGCCCAACCAAAAUCAGCUGAGACGCGAGCCGACAACACGGCGCCCGCUGCCCGGCGAGCCGGAGAACGAUGAGAUCGAGGACUAUGUGGAUGUGGAGCCCACAGUGACAACGUCGCCCAAUGUGGGCACGCGCCAAUAUAAUCCCUAUCCCAGUGGCAAUCCCUAUGGCGGAUUUGGCGGCCAGCCAGCGAGUGGAGGCCAGUUUGCGGGCCUUGGCGGCUUUGGAGGUGACAAUCCAGGUGUGCUGGUCGGCCCGGGAGGACCUACGGGCAUUAUAGGCAGACCACCUGUAAAUCCCAAUGUCUACCAGCCAGGCUUCGGCGGUGCACAGAAUGGAUUAGGAGCAGGCAACUAUCCUGGUGGUUUCGGAAAUGCGGGCUAUCCAGGACUGGGUGCUGGACUAGGAGGCUAUCCAGGACUGGCCGCUGGAGGAGCAGCUUAUCCAGGAUUGGCCGCUGGAGGGGCGGCUUAUCCAGGACUGGCUGCUGGAGGAGCAGCUUAUCCAGGACUGGGCGUUGGUGGAGCGGCGUAUCCUGGUUUGAACUCAGCCUUUCCAGGCCAGCCCGGUGGACAGCUUGGCGGCGUCGGUGGCGCUGGCAAUCAAUAUCCGUUUGGCUCAUAUCCAGGCUCCAACUACAACAACAAUCAGUUUGGAGCACAAGGUGGACAAUAUCCCGGACUGGGGCAAUAUCCAUCCAAUCAGUACGCCGGACCGCAAUACACUGAGGGCUACGGCUUGGCCAACUUCGGCCCGCCAGGUCUGCCACCCACCGGAUUUGGUGGCAACUACGCGGGUUUCGGCUAUGACGAGAAGUCGCCCGCCGUGGCUGAGGGCAAGAGUGCCAAAAGUGUGUCCAUCAAGCCAGCGGCAGUAAAUGAUAAGUUAAAUAAGAAGAUCUAGAGCCAGAUAGAUCACGAUCUAGUAGCAAUGCUCCAUCUCAUAGAGUUUAGUGCUUAGGAUUAGUUUUAGGUUUAAUGCGAAUAAAAUUCUGUGG